AUGCACCAGGCUGAUUCUUCAGGCGGAAACGGAGGAAAAGGGAAAAAAUGGCUCUUCGGAGCAGGAGCACACUCGUCUCGAGCGACAACGAGCGGCGCGUUCGAGAGCGUUUUAACGAGAAAAGACAAAGACGACAAAGAGAAAACGAAAGAGAAAAGGAAAGAGAAGGACUCGCGUCACAGUUGGAGCGUUACGUAUAUUCCCGCACACGUUGACGCGGUGAGACUCGACUCGCGACUAAACCGCUCAGAGCGGUCGACGUGGAGCGCGGUUGCCCUUCUCGUCGCUCGACCCUCACCAUUCCACCACCGUUCAGCUGACUUCCCCUACUCGUACACCGCAGAUUCGUGCUCCCCCGGGGAGCAUCUCCCCUUCUUCGCCGCGACUCCGCGACAACAUCGUCGUCGUAGGGUGCCCCACUCCUCCUCCGCGGCGGACAAACUCGGUGUAUCGGGCUACGACUACGGCUGCUACGACGCGCGGAACGACACGAAACACCACGAGCGCCGGCGACUAACCAAUGCGGGCGAAAGAGGCGAACGCAAAGGUGACGGCGACGGCGACGGCGACGGCGACGGCGACGGCGACGGCGACGGCGGCGGCCGUAGCGACACGGUGGUCGUUGUCGGUUCGCGCUACGCCGACACUUUUGCCGGGUGCGAGCGACCCGGCCAACGACGUGUCAACUGGUGCGGGGUGCCCUCUCUCGUAACUCCCACCACCAUGCGGCCUGCAACCGCUCAGGGAGUUCCUUUCGCGUGUACCGCUGUUACUCCGCACAGUCCGCGUACUCUGAUACUGUUACCUCCAAUGUUUUGCUGCCAUCGUGACGCUGUUAAAGAGAUAUGGAUACCACCGUGUAACGCCCGGCACCUGCACGAUCCCACGAUACGCGAUGCGAGCGCGAGCGCGAGCCCUCCGAGAUAAAGCCCCCCUUCGCCCCUAUGUACCUAUAUACCUAUGAGAAUCGUUGAAUUCGUAAUCAUCGAGUCGCACUUGACGAACCGAUCGUUCUUAGGAAAAUUGCACGCUCGGUACUUUGAUUUUUAUUGCCACGGAAAAUAGGGUGCCGGCACGCGAGGAAGCACGGUCGGUCGUUUCCUAACGGUCGAAUUAGACUCCUCGAUUUGCACGUAACUUCGAAGGGCUGUUAUAUUGCGUUCAAUCUUUUCACUGCCUCUUCCUAAAUUACAAAAUUUCACGUAGGGACCGUGUGUAAUUAUAGGCAAAAUUUUUUUCUACGAAGACUGUUUUCUGUUUUUCUCUAGCGAAGGACUAAAGGGUUACGUUCAGUUUUGUCCUUUUGGAAACCUUUAUUUAUUCAGUAGAGCUAAUUCAGGCAGAAAGAAAAAAAACCAGAGGCUAUUUCUCGCGUGCAAGGCGAACGUUUUAUUUCAUCAUCACAUCCUAGUGCGUAGAGCAAUAAAGUAUCGAACAAUAUAAUAUAUGAGCAAGUAGAGCGUGAAGCAGUAUAACCAUCGCCUUAUGCACUUAACGCAGCCUUUGUUCGUGCGUUUACGACGAUGCACUCACGCUUGAGAUCCAAUGUACACUAACGUCAUCGAGGCGCGUUAUAAAGCUCUAUCCGCAAUAAAAAGAUGCCCGAACGGGUAUAGAUUGUAAAAGGUCUCCCUACCAUUUCCUGAGCGUAUCUGUAAACACGCCUAAUGGGCGUUAAACGGUGAGAAUAGAGAUUUGCAAAAAUCUUUGAAGAUGCGAAACAUGGUCGCAUAAAUAAGUAGGCUUUUCUUUGAAAAUCUCGGAUUUAUGAUCCAAUGAUAAUUACAGAAAUUUCUUAUCACAGGUGUGACGCUUUAAAACGUCGUACGUUCGUUUUAGAAGAGAAAGCGAGACGAAAGAUAAAUAUUCACUUUACCUUGAACUUAAACCGUUUUUCAAUCUUGUCGUUUAACGCCAUGUGGUAGCAAUUCACUCUAUACCUAAUCAUUUACGUGCCUAAUAGCUAGAAAGUCGUAAACGAACGGAGGUAAAUAAAUUUUCUUGUGUCCAACGUUCAACGAUUUUUUUUUUUACAAAAAUAUGGAUUUUCGUAAAAAAAAUGCUCGUAAACUUAUCGGACGUUCAGUCUUUCAGUGACUACUGUAAAACGUCCCACUUUUAGCAAACGCAUUGAAAUAGCUUUUUUAUAUGCGCGACGUGUGGGUGGAAAUUUAAUACGGAAAUAAAUUUAAUGCGAAAACGUUUAAAACGCUUGCACGUUGCACGAGGUCUAAUGCAUAUUGUAACGAUUAAUGAAUUCGACUAAAAUGGAUUGAAGUGGUAAUGGCAGUGGUGUAUGUUGGCGGAUACGGAUGCGCUAGCGAUGCAUCGAAACGCAUAUCAAUUGUUUCAUGGAAAUUCGAGUGUCAAUUCCUCUCAUUACUAUACGCAAAAUUAUAGGAUUGUGUAGCGUGUACCGUGAUUGUGCUGCGUGUGCCAUGCAGGAAAGGUGAUUUACGUAAUUCGCAUUGAUUAUUGAAUCGUACAUUAUUGUGUAACCUGAUUUAAUUCGGCACUUUAAUUAAACUCUCUAAGAGAAGAUCCUAUAUGUUAAUAUUACGUUAACAUAUAGGGUUUGAAAAAGAUAUAUUUAGCGAACGAAGAACGUAAUGCGACAGAAAUAAUCACAGAAAUUUACAUUGCAAAUUAAAAAAAAAAACAGCUUGAAAAAUUUUAACUGAGAGUCGUGAAUUUUCGAAAUUAAUCAUGUACCCGAGAAUUGAUAACGAUGAUUUGAUAUCAACUGAGAGCUUUAAUUGAAUUUGAUACGCGCCGAAAUAUCGUGGCACUUUGCACGCGAAUUAAGCGCGUAAUACAUACAUAAAUUUUGCAAGAGAAUUUUUUGCUUUUAAAUAAAGGCAUAAAUCUGCAUCUCGUUUGAAGCGGUUCGGUACGUGUUUAUUUUUCUCUUUAUCGUAAAUUUACGUGCGUCUUUCGAUGGCGUGGCGUGCAUUUGUACACGCAAUCACGUGAUGCCGUUAAAUCAUAAUAAAUUCAGGCUGCAACGCGUAAGAUAUCGCAAAGUUGGUAAUUUCUUGGGUGCAGCUGCUGCGCACAAGAAAUUCUAGAUUACUUGUUACUCAUUUCGACUCGCUACCCUCCUUCAACGACUCGUCGUCGUCGGCUGGUCUGAUGUCGCAGAUAAUACAAGACACUCUACCAGGCUCCUUCAGUCGGCGCCACAUAAACACGUCGUCCUCGUCUGUUGAGCCGAGGGGAGAAGAGGCUCGGAUAAUUAUACACCGCUCUCAUCUCUCACCAAAGCGUAUCCUCUAACUAGCGCUAAUAACGCCGCUAAUGCUCUUCCGUGGAAACUGUUCGUAUCUAACAACCGCCCGGAACGUCGCCCGGCCGGCAGGAAGAUAAGAUAGAAAUAGCGCCGGGAUAUUGUCCGUGUUUCUUUCGGAUGGGAAAACAUUGGCCGGGAAUAUUGUGUGCAAUAUGUACCUAUUAGAACUAUUAACCCAUUAACUUUUUACAACAUCGUUUCAAAUUAAAUAGCGCACGUAAUGAAACUGUUUUCAACAAAAUAUCUACUUGAUCGCAAUAUAUGUAGGUACAUAUUUUUUUUUCACGUCAAUAUUGGCAGCUUUUAAUAUUUGUUUAGUAAUUGACCUAUCAUCUCUUUUUCGUUAAAAUAUUUUUUGCGAUAUUUACGAAAUGUUGAAAAAUGUUUUCGUUAUAUUUAAAAAUAUUUUUACACAUAUCGCGUA